AUGGUUGGAUUUUCAGGAAAGGGAGGAACUUCUGUGUACUUGUCUCUGUCUCAUUUUGAUGAGGCUGUCUUCUCCUAUCAAAAGGCACUUACUGUUUUCAAAUCAUCCAGGGGUGACAACUAUCCUUCAGUUGCAUCUGUCUUUGUAAGGCUGGCUGACCUAUGCUAUAAGAUAGGAAAACUGAGGGAAUCCAGAUCCUAUUGUGAAAAUGCCUUGAGAAUAUAUGCAAAACCUAUGCCUGGAACGACUGCAGAAGAGAUUGCUUGUGGGUUGACAGAAAUUUCAGCUAUUUAUGAGUUAUUUAAUGAACCUGACGAGGCAUUGAAACUCCUGCUCAAAAUAAUGAAACUUUUGGAGGAUAAACCAGGACAGCAAAGUACGAUUGCUGGCAUUGAAGCACGGAUGGGAGUUAUGUUCUAUAUGGUUGGAAGAUAUGAAGAGGCACACGACUCCUUUGAAAAUGCUGUAGCAAAACUCAGGGCUGGCGGUGAGAGAAAGUCAGCGUUCUUUGGGGUUGUUUUGAAUCAGAUGGGAUUGUCUUCUGUUCAGUUGUUCAAAAUAGACGAGGCUGCUGAAUUAUUUGAGGAAGCAAGACAAAUUUUGGAACAAGAGUGUGGUCCUUGUCAUCAUGAUACCCUUGGUGUCUAUAGCAAUCUUGCAGCAACUUAUGAUGCAUUGGGAAGGUAAU